AUGAGGAAGGACAACCUGACCUGGGUGAGUGAGUUUGUCCUCAUGGGGCUCUCCAGUGACAGGCAGAUUCAGGCUCGACUCUUUGUCCUGUUUGGGGUUGCAUAUCUACUGACCCUGCUGGGUAACGGGCUCAUUGUCCUUGUGAUUGGGCUGGACAGGCAACUGCACCUGCCCAUGUACUUCUUCCUCUGCAACCUAGCAGUGUUGGACAUCUGCUACAUCUCCAGUUGGGUCCCCCAGAUGCUAGCACACUUCCUCCUGGAGAAGAAGACCAUCUCCUUCACUCGAUGUGCGACCCAGCUCUUAUUCUCACUGGCUCUGGCAGGGACUGAGUUCUUGCUACUGGCAGCAAUGGCCUAUGACCGCUACGUGGCGGUCUGUGACCCACUGCACUACGUGGUAGUGAUGGGCCCAAGGCGCUGUGCGGCCCUGGCAUUGGUCUCUUGGCUUGUGGGCCUAGCUAAUUCUGCAGUGGAGACAGCGGUCACCAUGCGCCUGCCCACCUGUGGGCACCACGUGCUGAACCAUGUGUCCUGUGAGACACUGGCACUGGUCAGGUUGGCCUGCGUGGACAUCACCCUCAACCAGGCGGUCAUAAUGGCCUCCAGUGUGGUGGUGCUGCUGCUGCCCUGCUUCCUGGUCUCCCUGUCCUACACUCACAUUGUGGUUGCCAUCCUGCGGAUCCACUCCACCAGUGGACGCCUCAAAGCCUUUGGGACCUGUGCCUCCCACCUCACUGUGGUCUCCAUGUCUUAUGGGAUGGCCCUGGUUACCUACAUGCAGCCCAGCUCCACGGCUUCAGCUGAGAAGGACAAGGUGGUGGUGCUCUUUUUUGCUGUGGUGACUCCCAUGUUGAAUCCACUUAUCUACAGUCUGCGGAACAAGGAGAUGAAGGCUGCUCUGAGUCGAGUUCUGAUGAGAGGUCUCAGUCAACACUUUAAUAUGUGA